GAGUGUCGUGCAAUUGACGUGCCGCGCCACUAUAAAUAGUAAACGAAAUGCCGGUAAAAAGUCAGUAGUUUUCACAUUCUAAAGCAGUUUCAACAUGUCGCGUAUUGGUCUUACCCUCGUCCUGAGCCUGGCAGUGGCUGUGCACGCGGAUUUCCCUGAUGAUCCGAAGCCAUGCAAAUACGGAGACACCGAAUGCUUUGUCGAGUUUUGCAACAGACUAAUCACCGAGAAGGCAACCGAGGGCGAUGACAGCCUGAACCUGAUACAGCUGGAUCCACUGAUUGUGGACAAGAUGGUGCUCAAGCAGGGCGCCAAUGGGAGUCCAGUGAACAUUGAUCUCACCUUCACGAACAACAAACUGUAUGGCAACAAGGAUUUGCGCUUCAAAAAGAUGAGAGGUUUCGGCAAGGAAAUUGCCACAAAGCAUGAGAUGGUGAUGAGCUCCAAGGUUUUCUCCCUGGUGGGUGAAUACGCAAUCAAGGGGCAGGUCCUCGUACUGCCCAUAAGUGGCACCGGCUACAGCAAUAUGACAUUGAUGGGAUCGGAUGUCAAAAUCAGUUUCACGGGUAAGCCGGUGGAAAAGAAUGGAGAAAUGUAUAUGGAGGCCAGCGAUUUGAAGUACACCGUGAAGCCAAAGGACCAGCAUUUUUACUUUACCAAUCUUUUCAACGGUGACAAGACUCUGGGCGACACAAUGAACACCUUCCUCAACGAGAACAGUGCGGCCAUCUUCAGUGAGACGAAGGAGUCAAUCGAGAAAGCCUUCAGCGCGGUAUACGAGCCCCUAAUCACGCGCGUCUUCUCCAAGUAUCCCUAUGCCAAGUACUUUGCCGCGGAGGAGAGUACAACUCGGACCCAAAAGUUCAGUUGUAGGAACUGGCCAGGAGAACAACCCGAAAAAAACCCGACUAUAAAGCUGUUCACAGCUGUGGGCCAGCGAUACAGUCUUCAAUUGCAUUCAACGGUGUUCAUAAUGAAGGGAAAUUACAGCUUCGUCCUGCUGCUUGUUGUCAGUUGCCUGGCAAUGUCCGUUAACGGACACGCCUCUGAUUUGCCCGCUGGUAUCCAGAGAUGCGCCAUUAUGGACGAUCAGUGUGUGAUGAAUGGCGUGAAUUAUGUGCUUAAAAACUACGCGCAGAGCGGCAUCAAGGAGCUGGGACUGAUACCAUUGGAUCCGCUGCACAUCACCAAAUUCAAUAUUGGCCGAAAUCCACACAGUCCGGUCAACAUAGAUCUGAGCUUCAGGGAGGUAGACCUGUUGGGCCUGUCACGUGUCAUCUCAAAGCGUGUGGGCGGAUUCACCACUGAUCUCAGUAAGCCAAUCGAGUUUGUCAUAGAGGCGCCCGAACUGUCCUUCAAGGGACCCUACUCGGUGGACGGCAAGGUGCUCAUUCUGCCCAUUGUGGGCAAAGGCAGGGCCGAGAUUGUGCUGAAGCACUGCAAAAUUCAUUCCUUCAUCACUUUGCGGCCCAUAAGGAAGGGCGACAACCAGACCUACGCCGAGGUGACGGACAUCAAGAUGCAGGUCGAUCCCUCGCAUGUCAGCUACAAGCUGGAGGGUCUCUUCCAUGGCCAGAAGGAUCUCAGCGACAACAUGCACAUCCUGAUCAACGAGAACUGGCAGGAUAUCUUCAAUGAGCUGAAGCCCAGCAUUGGCGAGGCCAUGGGCCUCAUAGUCAAGUCUGUGCUGAACAAAGUCUUUGACAAAACUCCCCUCGAGGAGCUAUUCAUAGUGUAGAGCCGCUGUUAAAUUACUUAUUCGUUAUAAUUAUUGUUUUUCAGUUGUGAUUGGUUAAAUGUGCACAAAUUUAAUUGAGUUUCAAAUUGAAAAUAUACAAAAGUUCCUGGUACGAAAAACGUUUAAACUCCA